AUUCAAAUUUUUAAAAUAUUUAUAAUUAUUAAAAAUGCCGCCAAAUACAAAUUUUACUAAAGAAGAAAUCAUGUCAAUUAGGAGAAAUUUACAAGGAUUAAUUGAAAUGAUUGAUGAAGAAGUGGAGGAUGAAGGUAUUGAAUUUACAAUCGAACAGCAAGAGGGAAUAAAAAUUAAAGUACAGAAGAAACUUGAAGAGGCUACCAAAAAAUCUAAAGCUUUUGCUACUUUCUUAGGGUCACUUGGAGGUAUUGUUGGUAGUGGUGCCUUGGUUGUUGGCUGUUCUUUUAUUUAUAGUAUUCCGUUUUUUGGACAAAUUUUGUUAGCUGCAACAGCUCUAGGUGCUUUAGUUGGUGGCUAUAAUUCAAUUCUAAUUAUCAAAAUACAAAAUAUGGGAGAAGAUUCAGAAAUUGAAAUUAAAAGAAAAAUAGAAGAAGCUAUUCAUCGUUUAAUUGUUAUAGAACAAAAAAAUUUACAAAGAGAAGAAGAAGCAAUCAUGAAAGAAAAUUUAAAUGCUCAAAUUUUGGAAUUUGAGAGAAAAUUAAAAAUAAUUCAACAAAAAAAUAAAGAAACAAAAUUAUUUAUGUUUAUUGGCUCUAUUUAUGGGACAAUUAGUGGAGGAGUUAUCUAUGGAGUUAAUUGUUUAUAUAAUGAAGAAAUUGAUUUAGAAAAGGGAGGAAUAAUAAUAUUUGGAAGUAUUCUAAUUGGAGCGUUAAUUGGUGGAUUAACUAGUAAAUAUAGAUAA